CUUCACGACUCAACAAGGCAAAGAAAUUGCUUUUUUGCGGCUGAGGGAAGUGAGUCGUAGCGGCGGGCGGCUCCCUUCUUUCAUCCACCAAUUGGAUUCCCCUUUUUGACCUUCCGAGGAGACGACGAGCGACGAUAUGCUUAUCUCAAGAGGUGGCACCUGCGCCCGCGCGCUGCUGCUGCUCUCCACUCGCAUGGCGGCAUCCUCAAUCUCCUCCAACCUCAUCGCCCCCGCCUCUGCCUCACGCCGCAUUCAUGGUUCGAAGCCCUUCUCCGCCCAGCUCCUCUCCUAUCCGCCCUUUUUAUCCCGCGCCUCCCUUUUCUCCUCUCAUGCCUCUGUCCACUCCAACAAGGUUCAUAAGAAAUCCAAUUCCAGGGUCGCGGCUCUCCUCGAGAUUGGCGGCGUCAAAAUUGCCAAAGAUGAUGUUGUCCGGGAAAGCGAUCCCACAAACAAUGUGCCAGACAAUAUAUUUUCGAAGAUCGGUCUGCAACUACAUCGAAGGGACAACCAUCCGAUUGGAAUAUUGAAGAAUGCCAUCUAUGAGUAUUUCGACACCAGUUACUCCUCCAUGUUCGUCAAAUUUGAUGACCUUUGUCCCAUUGUUUCCGUGCAGCAGAAUUUUGAUGAGGUGUUAGUGCCUGCUGAUCAUGUAAGCAGGAGUUACAAUGAUACAUAUUAUGUUGAUGCGGGCACUGUCUUAAGGUGUCAUACCAGUGCUCAUCAGGCAGAGUUAUUGAGGGCAGGGCACAGCCAUUUUCUUGUAACUGGCGAUGUGUACCGUAGAGACUCCAUUGAUUCAACCCAUUAUCCUGUGUUUCAUCAGAUGGAAGGGGUCCGUGUCUUCUCUCCAAAUGAAUGGGAGGUUUCUAGCACUGAUGCAACAUCUUAUGCAGCAACAAAUCUAAAGAAGUGUCUCGAGGGUUUAGCAAGGCAUCUUUUUGGUGCUGUGGAAAUGCGAUGGGUUGAUACUUAUUUUCCAUUCACCAACCCAUCUUUCGAAUUAGAGAUUUAUUUUCAGGAAAAAUGGAUGGAAGUGUUGGGAUGUGGAGUGACUGAACAGGAAAUUCUUAACAGAAAUGGUAGGAAAGAUUCUGUUGCAUGGGCCUUUGGGCUUGGAUUAGAAAGACUUGCAAUGGUUCUCUUUGAUAUACCAGAUAUUCGACUUUUUUGGUCAACUGAUCAGAGGCUUACUUCACAAUUUUCCGCGGGCAAGCUUGGCGUCAAGUUCAAACCAUUUUCCAAGUUUCCUCCCUGCUACAAGGAUAUUAGUUUUUGGAUCAGUGAUUCCUUUACAGAGAACAACUUAUGUGAAGUCGUUAGAGGAAUUGCUGGGGAUCUUGUGGAAGAGGUGAAGUUGAUUGAUAAUUUCACCAAUAAGAAGGGUAUGACCAGCCAUUGUUACAGAAUUGCAUUCAGAUCCAUGGAAAGGUCGCUUACCGAUGAGGAGAUAAACCAGCUACAGUGGAGUAUCAGGGAAACAGUGCAGACAAAGUUGCAUGUCACACUACGAUAAGAGCAGAUGCACCCCACUGCGAGUAUUGUCAUCCUUAGCGAAAUUUUGCACUAUCACAUUUAAUAUUCAUGUUAUUAUCUCCUUAAGAUUCAGAUUUAGAUGUAAUUCAUCUGGGAUUAAUGCUAGUAAAGGAAGACGAAAAUAAUAAUGCUACAGGUUAAUGCUCUCUUGUUUUUCUUACUGAUUCCGUUCGUAUUUAUGAAUCUCUUAUGAGGAUA